AAGAGUCAGCAGAAAUGUGUGUUUCUCUUUUAGAUAAAGUGUCACUGAUGAAAGAGUUCAGCCACCAAUGGAGUCAACUGAGUGGCCAAGCUCUGCUGGAUGUCACAGUGCGCAUCACAGUGCUUGUGGAAGGGGUUUAUGCCAGGAGCCCUGAAGUCGUCCAGCGCUCCGCCCUGCCCGUGCUCUGGUCCUUGCUGGAGAACAAGGCGCUGCCUGUGCGGAGCGCCAAUGUGCGCACUGUGGUCACUGGGCUUGCCUCUGCCCUCUACAAGGUGAUGGGCACCAAGCUGCAGAAGUGUGCUGCCAACCAGCCCCCACAUGUGCAGGAAAGACUCUCCAACAUUUGGGCUGGUGAACCCUUGAUGUUCUCCAGAAUACAAACCAAGUGCUGA